AUGUUUCCUCCAGAAAAUUUCCCAGAGUACCAUUUUCCUUAUAUCGAACCCGCCGUGUUUGAUUUCCCAUGCGAAGGAAAUGCCGAAGAUGCAUAUUGCUCGACUCUGCUCUGGAGGGGGAGAACUGACCAACAGCCCCAGCCCCAACCCCAACACAUUGAAGAAUUAAUCCACGAUCAAACCACCACAUGGGAGGACUUGAGCACAGGAGCUCAAUGGAUUAUACUGGAGAUUCUUUGUCAAGAUGGCCUGUCCGAGGGUGGAAGUCCAAGAGGCUUUGCAUCGAUUAUCACCACCGUCCUACGGCUCUCACGCGCCCAGAUCCAGACAUUCCUAACCACAUACAUAACCCAAUACGAAGCAUACAAAGAAUGGAAGAAGACGCUAGGCAACAUCGACUGGGACAAACUCAAACAACUUGCCUCCAAUGCGAACAGAUCUAUCCUCGAUCUACUUCCCUCGGGCAGGCCAGAUUUGAGCUUCGACCGCAUCUCCAACCAAGAGAUGGAAACGGCCGCCAGUUUCCUCCAAUCGCACCGCUUGGGCCGCUUCUCAGAGAUGCUCUUUGACUGGGUUGGGCUGAAUAUCCGCCAGAACUUCUUAGAACUGCCUAUUGAGAUCGAAAUUCUGCAAGACUGCCUUGAUGCUCAGCUCCUUCGAAGGGCACACGCGAGGGGCCUGAUCGAUCUAGAUGCCGUGGAACGCCGGUACCGUGACGUUUGCGACGAUGGAAAUCUCCAAAGCCGAGUGCCCUCCGACGUCUUCGCGUCCAUCAGAGGCCACGACGCGCAUCCCGGUGAAGGGACCGUUCCUGCUUCCCAGACCAAAAGAGGGCGUCGACAGACUGCCGCCGCAGACAAGAAGGCCGGUCGUGGCCGGCAACCAACCAAGAGCGUCAAUGACAAUAAGCGGAAGAAGAGAGCCGACUCUGUCAACGCGGGAGCUGUUGGCGCUUCCAGCCCACCACCCAACGCGGGGGCACAGCGGGCGAGGACCCGACCGCAGAGUUGCAAAGAGGCGACCGAGGUACGUGAAGCUCUUAGGAGACAGUUCUUUUGCCACGCUCAGCCGUUCUUGCCGGGCCACUUUGUUUCCACCCUCGUUGAGCAACAGCGUUCGCCAACUCGCACGUUCAAAAUGACUAAUUGUCAGUUUGAGUGCCAGCCCCCGAGUAAGGAUGUCAUUACCGUCUCACGUCCGGCGUCUGCGAACUACCGUAUUGACAGAGGUCCCGAAUCUCCUGAACAUGUCGUUGAAACUACGAAGGGCGACGUCCUGGCUCCUUCUGCACUCGAGAAGCAGCCUGAAGAUCCGGGCAAUGCAGAUGAUUCGAAUGCUAGCUUUGGCAAUGAACAGCCCCCGCCGUUCCUCGUCGGCUACCAAUCUCUUAAACAGGGCGUUGUUCAGGACAACCCGCUACGCACUGGGUUGACCACGGAGAACCUUAGAGAACACCAAGGGGAGGUUAAGCAUUCGCUAUCAUCAAGGCAGAUUCCAGAGAGCAUGAAAGUACAUCGCGGUGGGGAGAGCAAGCCGGAACGACCUUACAUUCCACUAUCGAUGAAGAACGCAUCCAGCGACGGGGUAUUCCAGUACUCUGAAGAGCCCUCAUUGCUGAAAAAAAUGGACAGAACUACCGUCUUCAGAAAAGCCGCAGCCCCCUGCCCUGGCGAUCAGGACCAAUCCACGGCGGCGAGCCAACUGCGAGAGGCUCUCGAUACACGAUACCAAAGUUACCUUGAGUCCCCAGAGGCCCCGGUCCCGCCUCGGAGAGAGCGCAAGCCCAGCCGCCGGGUGAGAGACAACUAUUUGGUCGAUGCUGCAGCUGCGCCCGAUUCGGACGGCGAUGAUGACUAUGUCCCAGAGACCGAGAAGGUCUCGAAACAUCAGGAUAACCAAUCAGGAAUAACCCGUCUCCGUUCAGAGGUAAAUAAACGGAAGGCGAACCAAGCACCGUCUUCUUUAGCUACAGCUGCUGGAUCUGUUAGUUCAGCACCAUCAGAAGAUUCCCAGGCUAUUGAGAACAGCAACCAGGCAAGUUCUUCUUCUUUUACAUCGGGCGUUGGCGUUAUUCCUCCUCCACCUGCUACUACGGCCUCGGGCAACAUGCCACCCCAAGCGAGGUCCGGUAGCAGGGCUAGAUUCUCGUCAUCAACUCGGAAGGUCGAACCAAUCUUCGGCCAGUACAGGAACAGGGUUCUGACCACGCAGCGAGGCAGGCUGGGGACGACGUGGUACGCCUGGUCGGCCUGCCACGCCGAGUUUGCCGCCACCACGGUCAAGGCCCGGUUCGCUCUGCGGGCAGACAGAGCCUCCGGUGGUGGUGGUGGUGGAGCUUCCCGGGCGUUGAGCCAGGAGGAUGUGAAGAUGAUAAUUAAGGAGCAGCAACAGUUCGCGGCGGCCGAGCGUGCCGUGCAGGGCGACGUUGGCCAGGACGCUGAGCGGGCCCAGUAUGCUGGGUGUGCUGAUUUUGCAGUUUACGCUCUGUAUGCUGAAGAAGCGGAAUUUGCGCGGGAGUUUCUUUUGUCUGAUCAUGAACAGGGAGAGGGAGAGGGUCAGGGUGAAGGCGAGGGUGGGGUGACGGAGAUGGAGGGGGUCGACGAGCAGAAUGAGGAUGUUAUCAUGGACGGAUGA